AUGUGUAUAUUUACCACUAAUAUUAUCUAUCUAUCUAUCUAUCUAUCUAUCUAUCUAUCUAUCUAUCUAUCUAUGUUCUAUACUGAGAUGAUGGCUCCAGUGGUAGAGAUUGCACUGAAGAUCCUAAAGACUCAAACAGUUGAUCAUAUCCAAUUUUCUUUUUCCCUUCCGCCAUAUUUCUUCCCCUAUAUUGGAUCUCUCUCUUCUUUUCUAGCUGCUCAGCUCUCUCUUACUCCCUUUCAGUUUCUAUCUUAUUUUCAGCUUUUUCUCACCUACAACCUUUUUCUAUAUCUCAUUUAUUUAUUUCUGUCUUUCUUUCUUACUUUCUUUCAUUCUAUUUUUUUUAUUUCUUUCUGUUUAUCUUUCUUUCUGUCUUUCUAUCUUUCUUCAUUUCUUUCUUUCUUCAUUUCUUUCUUUCUUUCUUCAUUUCUUUCUAUCAUUCUUUCUUUCUUUCUUAAUUUCUUUCUUUUUGUCUUUCUAUUGUUUUUUCCAUCUUUUUUCACUUCUCCCUUUCCUUCUUCACUUCUUUCUUUCUUCAUUUCUUUCUAUCAUUCUUUCUUUCUAUCUUUCUUAAUUUCUUUCUUUUUGUCUUUUUAUUGUUUUUUCUAUCUCUUUUCACUUCUUCCUUUCCUUCUUCACUUCUUUCUUUCUUCAUUUCUUUCUAUCAUUCUUUCUUUCUUUCUUAAUUUCUUUCUUUCUGUCUUUCUACUCUCUUUCUCAACCACAGCCUUUUUCUAUAUCUCAUUUCUUUCUGUCUUUCUUUCUUCAUAUCUCUCUUACUUUCUUCAUUUCUCUCUUACUUUUUUUUUCUUUCUUUCUUUCUUACUUCAUUUCUUUCUAUCUUUCUUUCUAUUUUUUAUCAUUCUUUCUUUCUUCCUUUCUUCAUUUCUUUCUUUUUUUCAUUCCGCAUUUCUGUCAUUCGUUCUUCGCUCCUUUCUUUCUGUCUUUCCACCUUUCUAUCCUUCUUCCUCUUUCUCUCUGUUUCUUUCUUUCUAUCUUUCUUCAUUUUUUCUUUUUUCAUUUCUCUCUUUCUUUUUAUUUUCCUUUCUCUCUUUCUUUGUCUCUAUACUUCAUUUUUAUCUUUUGUUCUUUCUUUUUUCUUUCUGUCUUUCUUUCUAUAAUUCUUCACUUCUUUAUUUCUUUCUUAUUAUUCCUUUCUCUAUACUUUUCUUCUUUUUUUUCUAUCUCUUUCUCUUUCAUUUAAAUCAUAUUCUUUUCUCUCCACUUUUUCCUUUUUCACUUUCUCUUUCAUUUAAAUCUUCUUCCUUUUAUUACAUUUUCUCUUUUGUCCUACCCUUUUCCUCUCUCUCACUCUUUCUCUUUCAUUUUAAUCUUAUUCUAUUAUUUACACUUUUUCUUUUUUGCUCACUCACUCUCUUUUUCUUUCUUUUAAAUAUUAUUCCUUUCUCUACACUUUUUCUUUUUUUUUUCUUUGUUACUUCUCUCUUUCUAUCUCACUCAUCAUGUUUCUCCUGUUCUUUCAAUCAUUACUUCUCUUUCUCUUUCUCACUCACUCUCUUGAAUUCACUCUUUUUCUCCUCUUCUUUCAGUCACUACUUUUCUCUUUCUAUCUCACUCACUUUCUUGUCUUUGCUCUUUUACUCCUUGUCUAUCAGUCUACUUUUCUCUAUCUCACUCAUUCUCUUGCAUUCACUCUUUUCCUCCUUUCCUUUCAGUCUCUACCUCUCUCUUCUGUUUCACUCACUCUCUUGUAUCCCCUUUUAUUCUCUUCUUAUUUCAGUCUCUAAUUCUCUCUUUCUCUAUCACUCACUCUAUGCUUAUUUUCAUUCUUUUCUCUUUUGUCUCAUUCCUCUUUAUUCUCCUUCAUUAGCUACUUUCCUUUUCUUUCACUUUCUUCUCUAUUUCUUAUUACUUCUAACAACUUUAUAUUUCCAGUGCAUUCACAACAAUAUGGAGGCUAGGAAAGACUUGUUUUUAAUUUUUUCUUUAAUUCAUUUUUCCUUUGAUUCGUUUUUCUUUCUUUCAUUCUUUGAAUUGUUUUUCUUCAUUUCUUUGAUUCGUUUUUUAUUUUUUUUCUGUUUUUCUUUAAUCCAUUUUCGUUUCUUUUUGUUUAUAUAUCAAUCAUUCUUUUCCUUCUAUUUAAUUCUUUUUUCUUUUUUUGUUUUUAAUUUUUCUUUCAAUCAUUUAAUUUUUUCUUCCUUACAUUUUUUAGUUUCAUUUCCUUUCUUCUUUUGUUUCCACAUGUUCAUUUCUUUCUUUCUUUCUUUCUAUCUUUCUUUCUUUUGUUUCCACAUGUUCAUUUCUUUUCUUUUUUGUUUCCACAUGUUCAUUUCUUAUCUUUCUUUCUUUUCUUUUUUCUUUUUCCACAUGUUCAUUUUUGCUUUCUUUUUCUUUCUUUUUUUUUGUUUCACAUGUUCACUUUUUUUCUUUUGUUUCGUUUUUCUUUCUUUCUUUUGCUCCACAUUUUUUUGCCAUUCUUUCUUUCAUUCUUUCUUUUAUUGCUGCACCUUUAUAACUUUUUUCUUUCUUUCUUUCUUUUGUUCUCACAUGUUCAUUUCUUUCUUUCUUUCUUUCUUUCUUUCUUUCUUUCUUUCUUUCUUUCUUUCUUUCUUUCCCACAUGUUCGUUUCUUUCUUUCUUUCUUUCUUUCUUUCUUUCUUUCUUUCUUUCCUACUUUCUUUCUUUCUUUCUUUCGUUCCCAUGUGUUCAUUUUUCUUUCUUUUGUUCUUUUGUUUCCACAGAAUUUCUUUGUCUCUUUUGUUUCCGCAUGUUCAUUUCUUUUUUCUUUCUUUUAUUGUCAUCUUUGAUUUCUUCAUUGUGUUCUUUCAUUUUUUUUCUGUUAUUUUCUUUACAAUUGUUCCUUUUUCUUUUUCGAUUCAUUCUUUUCCAAAAUUUUAUUUUCUACAUGCUUUAUUUUGUUUUAUCUUUCUUUCUGUUACGUUCUUUACAUUCUUUACAUUCUUUCUUUCUUUCUUUAUUUCUUUCUUUUAAUGUUCAUAUUUAUAAUAUUUCAAUUUUUUUUUCCUUCUUUUAUUGCUUUUUUUUUCAAAUUCUUUUUAAACAUUCACUUUGUCCUUUUUUUCAAUUUAUCAAUCAUUUUUUUCUUUUGUAUUUUUUCCUUUUUUCAUUCCUCAAAGAUUCAUUCCACUUUUAA